UGCCCUCUCCAAACCACAUUCGUCGUUCGACGCGACGUUCAGUCAGUACAAAGUUUUGAUCCGUGCAGCCGGAGGUGUUUAUCUCAUUAGUCGCGCACCAAUCAAGCUCAUCAGACAUAAACCGGUUGGCAUCUAGCAAAAGACAUGCAACAAUGGCUCAAAAUAUCAUUGAUGCUGUGUACGUUCGGCUUCCUCAAAGAAAUCCGUCCUAGCGAGCCGUUUAUUGUAGACUACUUGGCUGGACCAUGGCGCAAUCUUACGAUGACCGAGGUCAUCCAAGAGGCUUUUCCCAUCGGAACCUAUUCAUACCUGGCUCAACUGGUCAUCAUAUUUCUGAUAACGGAUAUGCUUCGCUACAAACCACUGAUUAUAGUGAAUGGCCUCGCCGGAGUCGUAGUUUGGAGUAUGCUACUUUGGACGACCUCGCUAGCAUCUCUCAAGACUUUAGAAGUGUUCUACGGAACUUACUGUGCAGCCGAAAUUGCGUACUUCAGUUACAUCUAUGCCAAAGUCGAUAGAGAGCACUAUCAGAAAGUGACUUCACAUACGCGUGCCGCCAUCUACAGCGGGAGAUUUUUUGCCGCUGUAUUAGCGCAGAUUUUAGUAUACUCCGACGCGAUGGAUUACAAACAAUUGAACUACCUAUCAGUGGCGGCACAAAUCAGCGCUACAUUGUGGGCAUUGUUUUUACCAUCGGUUAAAACUAGCAUGUACUUUCAUAGAGCGUCCGUACCACCUAUUAUAGGAUCACAAACCGAUGAAAACAGCUGCGAUAACGAUAGUUCAAGCGAGAAAAAUUCCUCCAAAUCGCCUUCGUUCAAAAGAAAGAUACUGUCAGCUUUCGUGCUGAUAUGGAUGCACUUUAAAUCAUCAUUCACCAAUCUUACCGUUCUUCAGUGGAGCAUUUGGUAUGCACUGGCCAUGGCUGGAUAUAUCCAGACGAUCGGUUAUAUUCAGGCGCUCUGGAGUGCGGUCGAUCCGGCCCAAGAAGCAAAAUGGAAUGGGGCCGUCGAGGCUACGGUAACACUGCUAGGUGUUGUAGUUUCUUUGCUUGCUGGAUACAUUCACAGCGGCUUCUUACGACCACGGAGUAGUCUAUUUGCACUCUCCGUCCUAUCCGUCGGCCAAGGCGGUGCCAUUCUGCUAGCAACCUUGACCAGCAAUCUCAUAAUCAGCUACGUUGGAUACAUUGUAUUCGGGGUGUUGUACGCCUUUACCAUAACGGUUGUUAGUGCCGAAAUCGCCAAAAAUAUCUCAGACGAUAGCUUCGGUCUUGUGUUUGGAUUUAAUACGUUGAUAGCGUUAUCGCUGCAGACAAUGCUGACUUAUGCCGUGACAGACUCAGACGGUUGGUUCGCUCUUGAUGUGAUAGGACAAUUCACCGUAUACGGUUACUAUUUUGUAGCACUCAGUGUUAUCUAUCUGGUAUUUCUAAUAGGUGAGAUUAUAAACAGUGCUAUGAGUAGAACGAUCUAGUGAUCACCCUGCUAUUAGGUACUUAAGAGAGACUAUUAGGUACUUAAGAAUGACCCAAACACAAAGUUCAAAUUUUAGGAUUGAGGUAGAAACAAAAGCGUAGACUGAUUGGUGAUGUUAAACAUAGACUGAAUUUUCCUUGAGUUACUUAAUACUGGAGAAAGCAUUCGAAGGUUUUCGAAGUAGUAAAAUAAAGCCUAUUAUGCAGAAUAGUA